AUGGAAGAAGAAGGAAAGACCGAGGUGGUAGCAGAGGAGAGAGAGAAAUCUCCAAACCCCGUACCAAUUGAACAAGAGGGCGAGUUUGAGGAUGAUGAUGAAAGUCACUGGCGAAGGAUGGUAAGAGAGGUUGCUGACGAGGAAGAACCACCCUCGAAAAAUCCGAAAACCGACGUUGGCAAUGAGGAUUCUUGGAGUCGCGUAACAAAUCGGAAGGAGUUCUGGCAAGAAUGGGGCAUGUUAUCAGAGCAUUUCCUUUCGCGACCAAUCCUCCGGCAUCACACAGUGGAGAAACUGCGCGUUUUGCGAGGAAGAAGGCAUGCAUUUCUCUGA